CCUGGGUCGGAUGCAAACGCCAUAGCGCUCGGAGGGGGCGUGCCCAAGCCGGUGGCAGCUGCAGCAAAGGAGGUCAUUACCAAUGUCGUGCCGGACGGGCCUAAUAAGGUGCGUGUUGGGGACUGGGAUAGGGUGGAAGGUGCGUGCUGGGGCUGGGACGAGGAUGGGUUGUGGGUUGGGUUUGGACGGGUGGUGGGUGGGGCUUGGCAGUGUGGUGGGGCGCAGGGAGAAGGGUCAAGGGUGGCAGCUGCAGCAAAGGAGGUCAUUACCAACGUCGUGCCGGACGGGCCGAACAAGGUGCGUGCUGGGGAUUGGAAGAGGUGGGUGGGGCAGGGAAUUUGGAUGGGGUGGGUGCGGGAUGGGAUCUGGGUGGGUUUGGAUGAGUUGUUCAUUGGAGGCAUUCCCCCAGCGCUAUCAGCUGAAAAGAUUCGGGAGGUGCUGUCAGCGUUUGGGCAGCUGAGGGCGUUCCGCAGGGAGCUUGAUCUCAAUGCCAAGCCCCCCCGCGCAUUCGCGUUCGCUGAGUACAUGGAUCCGAGUGUGACGAGCGCAGCACAGGCGGGACUGAAUGGGCUGCCUCUGGGCCACCAGUCCAUCCUCACCGUCGUCAGAGCCACUCCUAACGCACCUGAGGAGCCUCCUCCUGACGCCACUCCUACGUAUUCCAUUCCUGAGGAGGCUAAACCGCUCAUGCAGACCCCCACACGCAUUCUGGAGAUAUGUAACCUGAUGACAAAGAAGGAGCUCAAGGCUAUGAGCGAGGAGGAUUUUGAAGACCUUGAGGAGGACAUUCGCCUCGAGUGCAAGCGGUUCGGCACGGUCAAAUCGCUGCACAUUGUUCGUCCCAAGGAUGUCACCAAUCCUGAUGACAGUGACAGUGACGAGGAGGAGGAGGAAAAGGAAGAGGUGAAGGAAGAGGUGAAGGAGAGAUUGGAAGGGAUUAAAGAGGAGGUGGAAAAGGAAGAGGAGGCUGAUGUGAUGGGUGAAGAGAAAGUGGAGGUGAAGGAGGAAGUAAAAGAGGUGAAGAAGGAAGCGGAGGAGGAGAAGGAAGGGGAGGUGAAGGAGGGAGAGCGGGGAGCAGCUGCAAGCGAUGCGAUUAAGGAAGUGAAAGAAGAGCCAGUGAAAGAGGAGAAAGAUGUUGCGAAGGGGGAAGGUCAAAUUGGGGGUGAUGGGGAGGGUAAGGAGGAGGAGAGUAAGGAUGAGGAAAUGAAGGAUGCUGAAGCAGUGGCGGGUGAAGAGGCAGUGGAAGCUGCUGGGGAGAAGGUGGAAGGGGCGGAGGAGGGAGGUGCAGCAGCAGAAGGGGAGGAGGGUGAUGUGAAGGAGGUGGCUAAGGAUGAGAAGGGUGGGGAGGAGGGUGGAGAUAAGGAAGGGGGGGCGAAGAAGGAAGAAGAGGAGGAGGCAGAAGAGAAGGGGGGAGGGGAUGAGAAGAUGAAAGAAGCAGAGGAGGAAGCUGAAGGCAAGGGCGAAGGGAAGGCAGAGGAGGAGGGUGGGAAAGGUGAAGAUGCGGCAGGAGAGUCUGUGGUUGAGGAGGUUGAGGUGGCUCGAGCCGCGGAGGAGGGUGGGAGAGGCGCAGCCGUAGAGCCUGUGGUCGAAGUGGCUCGAGCAGAGGAGGAAGGUAGUGACUCGGAUAGUGAUGUGGUGGAGGUAGUACCAGAGACACGAGGGGAGGUAGAGAAGGGAGAGGAGCAGAAGGGGGAGGAAGAGGUGGAGGAGGUGGAGGAGGUGGAGGUGGAAGGUGGUGUGCGUGCGUCUGAGAAGAGUGGUGAGGCGGAAGGACAGGCGUUGGAUGGCUUGGCGGAUAUUGCUGCUGCUGCCGCUGCUGAGACGGCAGGAGACAAGGAGGAGGGAGGUGCUGAGGAAAAAGAAUCUGAGGGUGGGGGAGGGUUUGCCCUUGAUCUGAAUGUGACUGUAGAGGGGGAGGAGGACGGUGGGAAGAGUGGAGGUGGGGAGGCAGAAGGGGGGAAGGAAGAGGCGGAAGGGGGGAAGGAAGAGGCGGAAGGGGGGAAGGAAGAGGCGGAAGGGGGGAAGGAAGAGGCGGAAGGGGGGAAGGAAGAGGCGGAAGGGGGGAAGGAAGAGGCGGAAGGGGCUAAGGAGGAGGUUUAUGAGACUGCUUCUGAGGAUGAAGGGGACAAGGGAGAGGCAGGGGAGGAGGGUAGGGCAGAGGAGGGUGCAGAGGCUAAGGAGGGUGAAGAGGCGAAGGAGGGUGUGGAAGUAAAGGAGGGUGAAGGGAAGGAAGAGAGUGGGAAGGAGGGAGAGGGUGAGGGGAAAGCAGAGGAGGGGAAAGAGGAGGAACAAGAGGGGAAAGUGGCAUCGCUGGCCGUUCAUGCUUCCGCGUCUGCACAGCAAGCCCAGGAUGGCUGUAUCACGAACUUCGAUCCCACCGUGAACUAUUUCCCGGACCAGUACCAGGACGAGCCGUUCGCUCUGCCGAUCAGCCAGACCAUCGUGGAGACUGCGAAUGACUUCACGGUGCAGUACGGAAACUACUACAAGGUUGUUAAGAACAGCUAUGAUAACACUACCUACGUCCUCUAUCAGUGUGGAGCUGUCAAGCCCACGAACUUCCCUGCUGCGACCACCCGGUUCUUUGAGAUCCCCCUGAAGGGUUUCGCCGUCGACUCAUCCGUUGCAGUUAGCUACGUCCAGAUGCUGGGCCUGACCAGCCUUCUCAACGAGACGAGCAGCUACUCUGUAGCUCCAUGCGUUCAGAAGCUUGUGGCUGACGGUGCCAUGAAGGUCUUUAAUGAGAGCGACGGCCUUUUCCCUGGUACGGUCUUCACCGGAAUGAACACCCUGAAGCCAUUUCCCAAGAACUAUGUCUCGCUGGACACUUCGACCGACCCUGGGCCGCUCAAGCGAGCGGAAUGGAUCAAGUACAUGGCUCUGUGGUUCAAUGCCGAGUCGCGCGCGUCGGAAGUCUACUCUGACAUUGAGACGUCGUACAACUGCUUGAAAGCAUCUGCUCCCAAGACCACCACGCCAGUGGUUGGCUGGCUGAGCUAUUUCAUGGAUUCGUGGACCGUCUCUGGUGCUACGUACAAGCUUCAGUACGUUGCGGACGCUGGCGGUGUGAGCCCCGCCAAGGCGUUUUUGAGGACCUACAACAUGUCUCUUCCAUCUGAUAAGAAGGCUUUCCAGUCUCUGCUUGCGACUCUUGACAUCGUCCUUGACGAGACCUAUCUGAUGACUGGCCCGUCAGGCUACAGCAUUGAUGCGUUUGCAAAGAAUGCUGGCAUCGAUGUCACUGAUACCGCCACCUACAAGUUUCUUGCCACUCCCAAUGUCUGGAGCAUGUAUGGCCGCGCCACUGGAGCUCCCAACUACGCCACUGACUGGUAUGAGAGCGCCAUUGCUCAGCCCCAGGUGGUCCUUGCUGAGCUGAUCUCAAUUAUGCAUCCCGGCGAUGUGUCUGUUCCCGAGAAGUACUACUUCUACAAUGUUGCUCAGUUGGAGACGGGUGCUGUGGUCUCUGCAGCCAACUGCACAACCCUGGACCCCACGGAGGUUGUUAACCCCAUCAUCCCUGCCUGCUCAGCUAUUGUUACUCCUGAGGUUCCCGGACCGGCAUCCCCUCCAGCUACCCCUCCCAGCUCAUCCCCUCCUAGCUCACCUCCUCCCUCACCCACUCCCAGCUCACCCCCACCUGCCCCCAAGGCUGCUUCCUCCUCUGGCUCCCUGCUUGGUGCUGGUCUAGCUGCCCUUCUUGCUGCUACUAUGGCUGCACUGGUCUAG